CGGUUUGAGUCUUCCAGCUUGCCGUCGUGCUGCAGGAAAUCACAUUGUGAGAAACGCCACAGUUGAACCAGUUUCAUACAUUUUCACACUCUGAGUUUAUUCUCAUCUGACGCAGAAUUAAAAAAAAACAACCUUUGAGCUUCCUUCUUACCGUUUAGUCGGUGUUUGUUUCCGUGUGUGUGAAGCUGGAAGUGGAUUUACCGUAACUCCGAGAGUUUUCCUCCACAAUGAUGAACUAUUCUGACUACGACUCUGACGGAUACUCUUCUAAUGAAGACGUAGACUACGUCCCUUCAGAUGAUAACCUCAGUGAGGACGACAUUAACGAAUGUGAGAGGGAGGAGCCUCUGAGCCGAGACGACGGCGUCCCGCAUCCUGACAAAGUGGGCAAGAGGAAGAAGAAGAAAGAUAUCAGCGUGAGGAAGAGGAAGAAAGGAGUCCUGAAAGUCGACAAAGAAGAAGGGGAGGGCGGAGACGCCGCAGAGGAGGCUCAGCAGCCGCCGCAGGAGGACGAGGACGAGGAGGAGGAACCCGCCAAGAAGGAGAAAGACGACGCAACACAGAAGAAGAAAACGGACGACCUCUGGGCCAGCUUCCUGUCUGACGUCGGGUCCAGACCCAAAGAGUCCAAAGCGCCCCCCCAGCCCAGCAGCACACGCACGGUCGAUCCCUCGCCGUCGACGGUCACUCCUUCGAGAACGGAGACUAAAGAGCCGGCUAAAGUCACCAUCACCAAAGUGUUCGACUUCGCUGGAGAAGAAGUAAGGGUGAAUAAAGAGGUGUCGGCAGACUCCAAGGAGGCGAAGAUUUUUCUGAAGAGUCAGAGCAGCAAACAGGAAGAGAACAUCGAAGAAGAGAAGAAGAGCUCAUCACCCAGCAGAUCUCCUCCUCCAGGGCCCAGUGUGAAGCGUCCUGCAGGUAUGAGCAGCCUGCUGAGUCGUUUCGGGGGAAAGAAACAGAAGAUGAGCACGCUGGAGAAGUCAAAGAUGGACUGGGACGCUUUUAAAUCAGAAGAGGGCAUCACGGAGGAGCUCGCCAUCCACAACAGAGGCCGAGAAGGGUAUGUGGAGCGGAAGAACUUCUUGGAGCGUGUCGACCAUCGCCAGUUUGAGUUGGAAAAAGCAGUGCGACUGAACAACAUGAAACAAUGACACGGACUAACAACGCACACACACACACACGCACACACAUACACACACACACACACACACUCACACUCACAUUCUCUCAGUUCGGUCAGUAAAGUGAGCUCAGUCUGGUG